AUGACUCGUGUCCAUGCACGGCAUGCCUCUGCAGGCCCAUCAGCCGCUGAUCGACACAGGAAAACUGAUCAGAAAAGGAAGGCAUCUUAUAAAAUCAUCCUCGAGGAGGUUGCUGAUAAGCAGAAAAAGCUCAAGACUGUUCUAUAUCCCGAACAGAAAGCUCCCAGAGGCUAUACGUUCAUUCCUGCUGGAGAUCCCCAGUUGACAAACCGAUGUAAGAAGUUGGCAAGAGAAGACGGCUUCACAGUCUUCAUCGUUUCGGUAGGUUUCAAAGCUCAAUUAAGGAGUCAUUUUGACACUUUACAGACUAGUAGGCAUCCGCGCCAGGGUUUGUCCAGAGAGAUUCAUCGAGUUGGGUUCCAUUUCCCAAGCGUCACCGUAGAGAAGGCGUGCGACAGCCUCGGUGUUACACUCUCGAACUCUGGCCGCGUUCUGCAGUCCAAUUUCGCACACCUAGAAGACGGGCAGGACCACGAUGGCAGACGGCCAACAAAGCAAAAGAAACAGAAGUCCAGAACUCGGAAUGCCCACCCAGUGCUUGAUAUAUCUCUUCCACAAGCAGUCAUUGAUACUUCAGCUCGAGAAACGAUCAGAGACCUAUUUCCUAACAUACCUAAUCAAGACUUACACAUCAUCGUUGGUAGAUCUUUCCAGAAGGGUAAGGGUCUUGUCGGUACGGUUGCUGAUCUAAGUCUCGUGAGACGUGCGCAGCUUGCCGUAAUUGCUCACAUUCGUCACACAUAUACCGAUUACGACUCUCUCUUAAGGCAAGUCCAGUACAAUGAGGCUCGUCGAAGGGUCGAGAAACCGUGUCUGGAUCGUCUGAUCCGGUGGAGAGGAGAUGACGAUGACGCUGGAGCCAUGGACGACGUACUCCGAGAGGUCAUCGUGAUCCCAGACGAUGACGAAGAAGUUGAAGGAGAUCAAGUGCAAGAGAGCCUGCGAAUGCGGCCCGAAGAGAGUGAACGUGAUAGCAGCGUCGAAUACAUCUCAGAGGCAGAUAUGCAGAUUCAACCUGUCGACUAUUCCAACGUUAAUCGUACAGUUGACCGCGGCGACUCCUACAGCCCGGAUUCAGACAAUGAAAUCCAAUACCUGGGUCGCAAUCAAUUACGCAACGGCCGGCAAAUUCGAAAUGAUCAACACACGCUGGAUCGCAUGGGAGUACAUCGACAGAGAGUCUACGAAGAGGCGCUGGAUCGUCGCAGGAAGCAUCCGGAAAGUUUGGAUGUCCAUAACGGCCAUUCCUCCCUACCGCUCUUUGCGGGCUCUGGACACAACAGUUUCCAACCGUUAUCACAGCAACCGCAAGAUCGAAACCAUUCGCCGCAUUUGGUCGAACGUCAAGAACACACACUAGGGCGAGCGCCAAACCAGACGCGCCUAAUGCCAGUAGCAAGGCCAGAGGUUAAUAGAGCUGACUCUUCCAGCAACGCAAGGGAUCCCAGAUAUGUACUAGAUGAACAGGUCGCCUAUUCGUCUCAAAAAGAUUGGCGUUCUCACGACGGAAGCCUAGAGCAGCCUAAAAAGACUUAUCACGCCGGGCAAGACCAGCCUUAUGAUAACGGGACGCGACCACUUGAACUGCGUCAGGUUCCGAAUAGAGUCAUUGAGGCAGGCGAGAGGCUUGUAAGCCUGAAUGACCCUAGCCAAACGAAUGGUAGUGAUUUCUAUGCUCACGAUCUCGAAAUGCAACCACGCCGGCGCCCUGAGAUGGUAAUUCCUUCUAUUGAAAGGGACCUUCCUGAUAAGCAAGCCGACCAGACAUCGAUCCAUGGAAAAACGCGGCAAGUAAGCCCAUUUGGUUCAUACCAAUCCCUCAAUCGUGGAACGCAGCAAUUGCUCGCGCCUCCGAAUAUAAAUCUCGAUGAUUAUAAGGAGCUACCAGGUAGCAAAAGGCGCAGGAUCGAUGAUCAUCAGCCUGUUGAUUCUCACAGCCAAGGCAGAACUAUUUUAGUUCCCAUCGAACAGAUAGAUGACCGCCGACUCCAGUAUGAACGGCCUCAUGAGGCUGUACAUCGUGAUAACGCGGGGAACAUUGUUUCGGACAAGAGAAUUGUACCACUUCCUCCGAAGGAAGAACGCACGAGGCCUCCUAUCAGCCGUCAGGUGCUUCAGCUAUUGUCUCCCCGUACACAAAUGAAGAGGCGUCCGGAUCAAAUAGAUGAUCGUGGGGAACGGUAUCCGCAACCCAUCGAUCAUUAUCAGGUCCCGCUUUCUCGUUCAGAGAACGUAGAGAACUUGCAGCUUCAUUCAUGUGCUGUUUUUGCACAGCCGAAGUAUUACAAUGACUCUCCUUUUUUUUUCGAGUCUUCUCAAUUUGCUCCUAGAUAUCAUGAAAGUAGUGACCUGGGUUUUUCAUCACGUCGCGCCAUGGGCGUCACUGCAGAUAGUGAUCAAGUCUAUACAGACUCUGAUGGAAUGAUGCGUCGUUUACAGCCCUUGGAGGUAGCUGAAAGAUCGAUGCCAUCACGAUUUAGUGACAUGUUUCUCGAUUAUGGGCAGCGCGACGAUGAUCGCAGGCCGGACCGCGUUGCCUACGUUCCCUCCACUGCUACGGCUGAUUCCUACAGACAUACAAACCCAUCAAGUGGUGCGUUGACCUAUUCUUUUGCCACGGCUACGGAUAAUGUCCACGGACCUGCUGGUCACGCAGUAACUCUGUUAACUUACGCACUUGAUACAGCCAAAGACACUCUCCACGAAGAUACGGGGCCUCUGACAAAUGCGUAUCCGCGCAACAUUCGUGAGCGCCAACCAGCUUCGACCAACUUCGAUCACCCGCCAAGUCGUAUGCAACAACUUGAUGGGAUGCCACAGCGACCGGUCUGGGACAUCAACGUACAGUCAAGAAAUCGACCGUUGAAUGGACCGGCUGAAGGCAGGCGGCCCCACAAUCAUGUGAUUGCUGGGCGCCCUGAAAAUGUUCGACCGCUCCGGCGUGAGUACGAUGACUCUAGACUGGGCCAAAGAAAGGGACUCGACGAUAUCGUUGUGCUUGAUUGA